AUGUCUGCGGAGGAUGCGCCCACCACCCAUUCGUGUCCCUGGCCCGCCCGGCCUGCGGAUCGAGGCGGCCCCUCGCCCGCGGGGAGAGAGGCACCGCGGUCUCCCGCCGGCCCCUCGCCGGCGCGGGGUCCGGAGAAGGGCCCCGGGGAGGAGGUGCGCGACCGCGGCCCGCCCCGUUCCGUCCCAGCCCCCGCGGGCCCCCCCUCCGGCUGCGGGAAAGUGGCCGCGGGCGCCGCUGCUCACAGGGGGGCGGGCGGGCGCUCUGGGCCGCGGCGCUGGUGCCCGCGGCGCUGGCGGGCGAGGCCGUCGGAGGUGAGCGAGGCUCUCGCACCGCGCCGCGCAUCCUGCGGCAGCCAGUUUGCAGACGUGGGGCGGCGAGGGCGGCCGGGCCCGUCCCGCGCGUCUGCGCUCGGAGUGUGCGGGCCAGGCGGGGGCCGUCGGAGCCCGGAGCUGGGGACCCUCCGGCCCCGCGGUGGCGGGGCUGACCGGCUGCCUAGGGGCGGGUCCUCCCGGGCGCCGAGGUCCUUAGUCGGGCGAUCAGCCGGGGCAGCGCGCGGCGCGGAGGAGGGCGCCCGGGGGCCAAGGCGGGCGGGGGCACAGGGACGUGGUUGUAGCCCCUCGGGUGAGGGUGUGCGCGUGCGCGCGCGCGCGCGGGGCCCAACAUCUGUGCCCCAGUGUCUGGCUGUGAGUCCUGUGUGUGCCUGGUGCUCAGAUGAGGCCCUGCCUGUGGGCUCGCCCUGCUGUGACCUGAAGGGGAGUUUGCUGAAGGAUAACUGUCCCCUGGAGUCCAUCGAGUUCCCCAUCAGUGAGGCCAGCAUCCUGGAGGCCAGGCCCCUCAGCGACAAGGGCUCUGGAGACGGCUCCCAGUUUACUCAAGUCAGUCCCCAGAGGAUGGCGCUCCGGCGCCGGCCAGAUGAUUCGAAGAAUUUCUCCAUCCAAGUCCGGCAGGUAGAGGACUACUUCAGCAUUGAGGCCAAGGUGCGCGGCUGCCCCCAGGAGAAGUCCUUCACCAUCAAGCCUGUGGGCUUCAAAGACAGCCUUACCAUCCAGGUCACGUUCGACUGCGACUGUGCCUGCCAGGCCCAGGCCCAGCCGUACAGCCACUGCUGCAACAACGGCAACGGGACGUUUGAGUGUGGGGUGUGCCACUGCACACCCGGCUGGCUGGGGUCCCAGUGCGAGUGCUCGGAGGAGGACUACCGCCCCUCCCAGCAGGAUGAGUGCAGCCCCCAGGAGGACCAGCCCAUCUGCAGCCAGCAGGGCGAGUGCCUCUGUGGCCAGUGCGUCUGCCACACCAGUGACUUUGGCAAGAUCACAGGCAAGUACUGUGAGGGUGACGACUUCUCCUGUGUCAGAUGCAAGGGGGAGAUGUGCUCAGGCCACGGCCAGUGCGGCUGUGGGGACUGCCUGUGUGAUUUCGACUGGACCGGCUACUACUGCAGCUCUACCACGCACACGGACACCUGCAUGCCCAGCAACGGGCGGCUGUGCAACGGCCGUGGCAACUGUGAAUGCGGCAGCUGUGUCUGCACCCAGCCAGGCUCCUACGGGGACAUCACCUGCCCUGAUGCCUGCACCUUUAAGAAGGAGUGUGUGGAGUGUAAGAAAUUUGACCAGGGAGCCCUCUUCAAGGAAAAUACCUGCAACCAUCACUGUCAUGAUGAGAUUGAGUCUGUGAAGGAACUUAGGGACACUGGCAAGAAUGCGGUCAAUUGUACCUAUAAGAAUGAGGAAGACUGUGUCGUCAGAUUCCAGGACUAUGAAGACUCCAGUGGGAAGUCCGUUCUCUGCGUGGUAGAAGGGCCAGAGUGUCCCAAGGGCCCUGGUAUCUUGGUGGUCCUGCUUUUGGUGAUGGGGGCCAUUCUGCUCAUUGGCCUUGCUACCCUGCUCAUCUGGAAGCUCCUGAUCACCAUCCAUGACCGGAAGGAGUUUGCUAAAUUUGAGGAGGAGUGAGCCAGAGCAAAGUGGGACACAGCCAACAACCCACUGUAUAAAGGGGCCACAUCCACCUUCACCAACAUCACCUACCGGGGCACUCAAGGAUGAGCAGGCACCCGCAGAUCACUGUCAGACUGUCCCAGGACCGUGGGUGUCUCUGCAGUUGUGUUUACAGGGAAUGAUACCUGUGGGGCAGGCUGGGGGCUGGGAGUGGGGUGGGUUGGAAGAAUGUCAGUAUGUGGAAGUGUGGGUCGCUGUGCACAUGGUGUGUGUGUGUGUGUGUGUGUGUGCUGUGUGGCGGGGAAUGUGUCCCAGAUAAGCAGAGUUCCUCAGCCUUUGUCCUCAAUAUGCCUCCUUCAGAGAUCUUUCCUGCUUAACCCAAGGGUGGCCUGCAUAGCUGAGCAGGUGUUCUUCAGAACCUCAGUGGGCAGCUGGCCUUCCUUCUCAGGCUGUCCUCCCUGGAGCAAAGGGUAGGGACCAUGACCCUGCCCUGAGUCUGUGGUUCUUGGGCCUGGCUCUCGGCCGCUGUGGCAGGAACUGCAGCCUGGUUGUGCCUUCUGGGCCUCAUCUCCUCUCCCCUCCCUCAGGCGGAAGGGGAAAUCAGGGGCGAGCUGGGCCAUCAGUGCUGCCUGGGCCUUUUGCCAUCACCUUAGCCCAACAUGAUUCUCUCAGGAGGGGAGGACCUGCCACUUAAUUCUUGGGUCUGUUGGGAGGGAAGAUGUCACGGCCACCCAGCGGUCUUGCAUGGCCUGGAGGAAUGUGCCAGGAUCACCAAUUCAUAAUCAUAACCCUUCAGAUUUGCUUCUUUGGCAGCUUCUCCCUAGAGGUUCAUUUAGAAGAAGUGUGUCACCCUUAGGCCACCACUUCUUUACCUCCUACUUCCACGC